AUGCUGGACGACAAGCGAAAGAUCGGCGUGGCCUUCACAGGCCUAGGCAUAGCGGUGCAGUUCCUCGGGGUCAUCUUCCUCUUUGACAGAGGUCUCCUGGCCAUUGGAAAUGUUCUCUUCCUUUCUGGUGUGGCCCUGACGAUAGGAUUCUGGGCCACCCUGAGGUUCUUCAUGCGCCGCAAGAACUACAAGGGCUCUGCAUUCUUCCUCGUUGGAUUUGCCCUCGUCGUCUACGGCUGGUCCAUACCAGGCUUCCUCCUGGAGCUGUACGGCUUCUGGCGGCUCUUCUCUGCUUUCUUCCCCACCGUAUUGUCCUUCCUGCGGAGAAUGCCGUUCCUGCGGGGCAUCCUGGACCUGCCUGCCUUCAAAGGGGUGCGUGGAUAG